AUGCACAUCUUUCUGGCCCUCCUCUGUAUCUCUGUUGCAGCAGCUCCAAUGUGCAUGAGUGUCCCCGCAAAGGGAGCAUCUGUGAGAAACACCAUACACAGCAUCACCAGCAUUGCUCAAAUAACCCUGGUCCACAUUAAGAAACUCAGAACAACGUUGCCAGUGUCUCCCCAGAUAGAAGUCAACACUCCUUCCAUUGAGGGGCUGAUUAGUAUCAGCCAUGAUCUUGGAUUUUUGGAUAAUGAACUACAAAACCCUUUCACAGAGCUUCUCAGCCAGAUCCAGGCUGAUGUCUCCAGUUUGGAGGGACGUGUGCGCUCCCUUGCUGAGACAAUACACUGUCAUAUUGCAGCCAAACCCAUAGGAGAGAGCAGUGAUCAUCCGUUCCCGGACAGCUACCUCGCCCUGACUCUGACAAAGGUGCAGAACUACCUGGAGAAGUUUCUCCUCAACAAGGACAAACUCAAGGUCUGUUGA